AUGAGAAGGAAGCUAAGAAAUGGAAAGGGGGCCCGCGCUGGGAUAUGCCCAGGCGCGGGCGAAAUCGCUGGAGCGCUGAGGCAGUCGCGCGCGGCUAAGUCCCCACUGCAAGGGCGGGCUAGCGGCGCGCGCCCGAAAACCGCCGGCGCCGGCGCGCUGAGGCACUCGCGCGCGCCUAAGUCCCCACCACAGGGGCCAGGCUAGCAGGCGCGCGCAACGACCGAGGCGCCCCUGUCGAGCUGAGAGUGGACUCUUCACAUCAACCUCUCCAUCGUCGAGGGCGUCCUCGCUCUCCUUGCGGACGCCCGUCUGCCGGCCACCUUUUGGGAUGAAGCGGCUGCGUAUUUCGUUUAUUGCAAAAACAGGUGCUCACACUCAGCUUUGGCCAAACAGACUCCAGAAUCCGUUUGGAACGGCCAACGCACCACCGCCACCGCCCUCCACCCGUUCGGCUGCACAGCCUGGCUCACGGUCGCCCCGGACCUUCGCAGCAAGCUCGACCCCAAGGCCGCGCGCGUGAUCUUCACAGGUUACGACCUCGCCUCCAAAGCUUUCCGUUUCUUUGACCAUUCCAUCAACAAGAUUGUACUUGGUCGCAAUGCCACCUUCCUCGACGACGACUUCCCCGGCCUGCCAGUCACCACGCCCGUCGAUGCAGACGACACCGACCGUCAGUUCGUCGUUCCCGCCGACACGCCCGCCCCUGCCGUCAAGACGAGGACCCCACUAGUAAGGUCGGCGCACAUGGACGUCUCAUCCUCCCUUGAUGAUUCUGCCAUGAGCGCCGUUGACGUGGCCCCAGGGUACACUGGCGGAACCUUACUUAAUUCCACAGAUACCGAAUCGUCCUCGUCACCGUCUCCUGAGCCGUCCUCGUCACCGUCGCCCACAAACCCUUUGUCACCGUCGCCUGCGCUGUCACCGUCGUUGGCAGCGUCAUCGUCACCCUCGGUCUCACCGACCGACUCUGUGUGAAGAGUCCACUCUCAGCUCGACAGGGGCGCCUCGGUCGUUGCGCGCACUUGCUAGCCCGCCCCCGGCGGUGGGGACUUAGACGCGCGCGACUGCCUCAGCGCGCCAGCGCCGGCGGAUUCAUGCGCGCGCCCGCUAGCCCGCCCCCUUGCGGUGGGGACUUAGGCGCGCCGGCGAUUUCACCCGCGGCUGACUUAGGGAUGUACAUUGUCACGCGCCUGGGACUAUCCCAGCGUGGCCCCCCCCUUUCUGUUUCUUAGCUUCCUUCUCAUCACUUCUGUUCGACUCUCAACCUCUCCUGACAGUAG